AUGUUAUCAGCCCGUCCUAUUUUGAGAGCUGCUGCUCGUUCUGCCUCCGUUUUGGGUAGACAAGCCGUCAGAGCCCCAUUGAGAGCUUCUGUCGCCCAGACCGUCAGAUUCGCUUCUGCGAAGCCACAGCCAACUGAGGUCUCCUCCAUCUUGGAAGAAAAGAUCAGAGGUGUCUCUGAGGAAGCCAACUUGAACGAAACCGGUAGAGUUUUGUCCGUUGGUGAUGGUAUCGCCCGUGUUUUCGGUUUGAACAACUGUCAGGCCGAAGAAUUGGUUGAAUUCGCCUCUGGUGUCAAGGGUAUGGCCCUUAACUUGGAACCAGGUCAGGUCGGUAUUGUCUUGUUCGGUUCUGACAGAUUGGUCAAGGAGGGUGAAACCGUCAAGAGAACCGGUAAGAUUGUCGAUGUCCCAGUCGGUCCAGCCAUGUUGGGUCGUGUUGUCGACGCUUUGGGUAACCCAAUUGAUGGUAAGGGUCCAAUUGAGGCUGCUGGUUACUCCAGAGCCCAGUUGAAGGCUCCAGGUAUUUUGCCAAGAACCUCCGUCCACGAGCCAAUGCAGACCGGUUUGAAGUCCGUCGAUGCGUUGGUCCCAAUUGGUAGAGGCCAGAGAGAAUUGAUCAUUGGUGAUCGUCAAACUGGUAAGACCGCUGUCGCCUUGGACACCAUUUUGAACCAGAAGAGAUGGAACGAUGGUGCUGACGAGUCCAAGAAGUUGUACUGUGUCUACGUUGCCGUUGGUCAGAAGAGAUCCACCGUCGCCCAGUUGGUCCAGACCUUGGAACAGCACGACGCCUUGAAGUACUCCAUCAUUGUUGCCGCCACCGCCUCCGAAGCCGCUCCAUUGCAGUACUUGUCUCCUUUCACCGCUUGUGCCAUCGCCGAAUGGUUCAGAGACAACGGUAAGCACGCCUUGAUUGUCUACGAUGAUUUGUCCAAGCAGGCCGUUGCCUACAGACAGUUGUCUUUGUUGUUGAGACGUCCACCUGGUAGAGAAGCCUACCCAGGUGACGUUUUCUACUUGCAUUCCAGACUUUUGGAGAGAGCUGCCAAGAUGUCCGACAAGUUGGGCGGUGGUUCUUUGACCGCCUUGCCAGUCAUUGAGACCCAGGGUGGUGACGUUUCCGCUUACAUUCCAACCAACGUUAUUUCCAUUACCGAUGGUCAGAUUUUCUUGGAAGCUGAAUUGUUCUACAAGGGUAUUAGACCAGCUAUCAACGUCGGUCUUUCCGUCUCCCGUGUCGGUUCCGCUGCCCAGGUCAAGGCCAUGAAGCAGGUUGCCGGUUCCUUGAAGCUUUUCUUGGCCCAGUACAGAGAAGUUGCUGCCUUUGCCCAGUUCGGUUCCGACUUGGACGCCUCCACCAAGCAGACCUUGAACAGAGGUGAACGUUUGACCCAGUUGUUAAAGCAGAAGCAGUACUCCCCAUUGGCUGCCGAAGAACAGGUUCCAGUUAUUUACGCUGGUGUUAACGGUUUCUUGGAUAACGUUCCAUUGGACAAGAUCGGUCAGUUCGAAGUUGACUUCAUGGCCCACUUGAAGUCCAACGAAGAAGAAAUCUUGGCCGCUAUCAGAGACAAGGGUGAAUUGUCCAAGGAAUUGUUGGCUAGAUUGAAGACCGUCACCGGUACCUUCGUCGAAUCUUUCGUCACCGUCUAA